GUGAAAUUUUUGAUGGGGUCUUUACCUGACCUAGGGUAAAACAAGUUUAAUUGGCGGAUCAUACAAUGAUCCCAAAUUCAUAUAUUCAGUUAGAUGUCUCAAAACAACCUUAGUAAAUCGAAUCAUAGAGUGUGGUUGAAAUUCACUCGUUCUCAAAUCAGUUGAGGUUAGGUUUUGUUUCCGUUAGAAAUAUUAAUAGAAUAGAUAGAAAUAUUGUUUGUGUAGUUGUGUUUUUUGGUUUCAAAAUUAUAUUGAGUGAUAAUUUGGGUAAUAAUAUAUAAGAAGCACAUUCCAUAAAAUCAGUUUUAAGUGAAAAGUGUAUCGAAAUGUAGUGAAUGGUAUCCAGGAGUAAUAUGGAAAAUUAUUUGGAAAAGAUGCUCUUGGAAGAACUUUCUUGUCCGGCAUGUUAUAAUUAUAUGUCACCUCCCAUAAAUCAGUGUCAAGAAGGUCACAGUAUUUGCCACGAAUGCUUCAAUCAAGUUAAGAUUUGUCCAACCUGUAGAGGAAAGAAAAGCGAAUCUUGUAGAAAUUAUUCCUUGGAGGCUAUUUAUAGAGUGUUGAACAUACCAUGUAGGAACCAAUUUCUAGGUUGUGAUUUUAUUUCUACUGGAGCUUAUAUCAACAAUCAUCAAAAAUAUUGUUGGUUUAGAAAAAAUAAAUGUCCUUUCUACAACUACGACAAUUGCCAUUGGGAAGAUUCUAUGAACAAUUUGAAAGACCAUCUGACGCGUGAACAUUCUAAUAAUUUUUAUCAAAAAGAAAGACAAAAAUUCGUAUCUCAAAAUUUUAAAAAAAUCAAAGGUUACCAUUACAUUUUCGCCAUCAUGUUUGCACAUGGAGUCUACUUCAGAUUAACUUGGGAAGUUCAAGAAGCAGGAGGUCUGACGCGAUGGGCAGUUCAAUAUAUGGGUGAUCCAGCCGAAGCAGAGUUAUAUAGUUACAAACUAGAAAUCAAUAAAUUUAUAGAGUCCAAACAUUCACUAGUUCCUCUUACGUACAUUUCCACGUGUGAAGUAAAACCGGAAAAGGGUAAAUUCGAAAACCAUAGAUGUUUUUAUAUACACAAAUAUCAACUGGAUGAGUAUUGUUCCAGCAAAGGCGAUCUACACUACAAAAUUACAAUUUAUUCUUCAGAUAGCACCGAUGGACUUUCAGAUCCUAUAAAAGAAUUCGAACAGAAAUUGAAGCAGCGUAAAAAUAAUGCUUUAGCAGUUAUCAAAGAAGAAGAUUAGAGAAAAUUGAGACUUACCAUUCAUAAUGAUCAAUAAUGAUCCGUUGGAAAUUUUAAAUUAUCUCCUUAUUAAUUAUGAUAUUCAUACUAUUAUUUAAUGCUGAAAAUAAUUUAUAUUUAGAUGUCUGACAUUAGUUUUAAAUAUCUUUGUAUAAUUAAAAAAUAAUAAUUUUCAUCGAUUCUUUUAAACUUCAUGGAUUAGUAUUCUAAACUUGGUAGUUUCUAGUCUUUCAUCGUCCAAUAUCUUCAAUUUCAGUAGCCAAAUUUAUUCCUUCUAUAAAGAUUUAUUACCUAAAAGAUUUUCCACACGACUUCAUACAAAAUAUCCACGUUUGUUUUGGCAAAUGAAAAUUUCUUUUCUUGAUUGUUUGUAGUCUAGAUUGUCGACAAUCGAUUAUGUAUUUGGAGCGUUUCCACGAAAAAGUAUUUAUUUAUUGUACACUUUUUUGGCAACAGUAUCGUUAAUACUUUGAGCUAAAUACCCAUGUUCCAUUUUUUUCAAUUUAUACACUCAAAAACUCAAAAAAAA